AUGGCGAACCUCCAUAGAGACGUCCGCGCUAUAGAGAAAGACAGGCAAGCAACCUCAAACGCGCCUUCGAACCGCGCCUUAAAGCAGCAGCUAUCCUCGUUAGUAGCUUUCGAGUCGGCGUUAAAGCAACAGCUGACCUCGCUUGCUACCGAGACAGCGGCAGUCGCGGCACACGUGGGGAAGGCGACGCGUUCCGUUCAACUGGACGAGGCAUGCAAGGCCAUGGAGAGCCGGAGCAACCUGAUGGCAGCCACUGAGGAGUCCAUUCAGAAAAUGCCAGCUGUCCUCAGCUCUUUGGAGGCCUAUCUGGACGAAUCCAUUGCAUGGUGCGUGCGGGAGAGGCGAGGGUGGGAGGAGGUGGGGUUGGUUGUGUGA